GUCAGACUUCGUUGUUCAAUUCUCACGCUCGUUCGGUCCCUUGACUCCUUUUCGGUACCUUUUUAUUAAUCUCCUGGAUCUGCGAUCCGCUAACAUUCUUCGUCGCCCGUGCCCACGUCGGUGUUGUUUUCUUACUCCCCCCGUAAGCGCAUUCCAGGGAUUCUUGAAGCUGGUGGUCAUCGCUCCGGGAUCUAGGAGCCCCGGAGGUUCUUUGCUUCAGGACCUGUUCCCUAGCUACAUGCAAUUGUAGGAGAGAUGAACCGGCAUCACGCCUUCUCGAAUGGCUAUGCUGCCUAUCCUCGCGGCAAAGCCAGCCACAACACCUUUUCUAUCUCUCCCCACCGCUUUCAACCGCGCCCCCAACCGGCUUUGCGACGUCGAAGACAGCUCCUCCAACGACUGUGCCUUAUUGCCGCCAUCUCAACGCUGCUUUUGAUCCUCAUUUUCCCUUCAUUUCGAGCGUUAUUCCUCCCCGCUGUCUCGCUUGGCCUUGUUUCCUCCGCGGAAGAUCUACAAUUAGAAACAGUCCGAUACUAUGACUUGUCUAAGAUGCAGGGCAGUGGAAGUGGUUGGGAGCAUGGAGAACGGGUACUCAUGUGCACGCCCUUGAGGGAUGCCGCGUCUCACCUGCCAAUGUUCUUUUCGCAUCUUCGCAACCUUACAUACCCUCAUAACCUGAUUGAUUUGGCAUUUUUGGUUUCGGAUUCCGAAGACGAUACGAUGGAAAUGCUGUCAUCGAUGCUCGAUGAUCUGCAGAACGACGCCGAUCCGAAGAUGUCGUUCGGAGAGAUCUCGGUCAUCCAGAAGGAUUUUGGUCAACAGGUUCAACAAGAUGUGGAGAGUAGACACGGUUUUGCCGCCCAGGCAAGUCGCAGAAAGUUGAUGGCUCAGGCACGAAACUGGCUGCUUAGCGCGACUCUGCGUCCGACGCACAGCUGGGUCUACUGGAGAGAUGCAGACGUCUUGACGGCUCCUACUACGAUUUUGGAGGACCUUAUGAGACAUGACAAGGAUGUUAUCGUUCCGAAUGUUUGGCGUCCCCUGCCGGAUUGGCUAGGUGGGGAACAACCGUACGAUUUGAACUCCUGGCAGGAAUCCGAAACCGCGCUGGCCCUUGCCGAAACUCUGGACGAGGAUGCAGUCAUUGUGGAGGGUUAUGCCGAGUAUGCAACGUGGAGACCUCACCUCGCGUAUCUGCGUGACCCGUACGGGGAUCCUGAUAUGGAGAUGGAGCUUGAUGGUGUGGGAGGUGUCAGUAUUCUGGCAAAGGCCCGUGUCUUCCGGGCCGGUGUCCAUUUCCCUGCCUUCAGUUUCGAGAAGCAUGCCGAGACUGAAGGUUUCGGAAAGAUGGCGAGACGGAUGGGCUUUUCGGUCAUUGGCCUUCCGCACUACACGAUUUGGCAUCUUUAUGAGCCGAGUGUGGAUGACCUCCAACAUAUGGAGGAAAUGGAGCAGGAGCGACUGGAACGUGAGAGAGAAGAACAAGAACAGGCUGAGCGUGCUGAGCGGGUUCAAACGCUGUUCAAGGACGCCAAGUCGCAGUGGGAGGACGAUACUGCGAAUAUACAAGAAGCUAUCGACAAGGAAGGGAAGAGCCAGGCGAGUGACUACUCGUCAGCAUCAGAUGCUGAUAGCACAAAAGGCAGCGAAGAAGGUCCCGUGGCCCAGCCCGCUGCGAAAGAGCAGGGAAGUGCUGCGAUCACACAGGAAGAGUCUACAAAAGAAAGAAAACAGGCGAAGCAAUAGAGCAGUGAUGCUUGGAGCUUCGAGGUCCAGUGAUAGUCGAAACGAGCCACAAGAAUUGGGUCAGGGAGUUUCCUCGAACAACGGCGCUGGAAACCUCACUAUAGACUGACCAUACAGCGCUGUGCUGGCCACAGGGCGACUUUCUUUGACUGGAACUACUGUUUCUGGAUGGGCUCCUGUACUGUGUAAAUGGUGUUGGGGACUAUAUUUGACAUGGCUUUCCUUUGCUUCUACUUGAUUGUCUGAUCACACAAGAAACACAUAAUCUUGUUGAUCUCUGUUAUGGCUGAGAUGAUAGCUUUUAAUUAUGUACAGCAUAGACCAAUGAUUUCUUAUAUUACAUGAAAUAAU